GAGGAGAAGCCAAAAGUCCAUCCCAAACUCCAGCAGACGGGGAGAACCUUGUUCUCCUCCCCCUGUCGGACCCGAGCCGGGGACACUCGGCAGAGCCCCGGAAUCGAGGGAAAAUCCAUGGACAUCCCAGCCCCCGCCCGCGGCUCCGCCAGCCCCGGCAGGAUCUCGGCCCCUUUCUGCUGAUGUCACGGAGCGGGGCCCGCAGCCGCCUUCCCCGAGAGGGCAGGGAUGGGCCGCCCUUUCCCGGAUCCUCCUCUCUCGCCUCUCCCCUCCCCGGCCCGGCGGGAGCGGAGCCGGGAGCCUUGGCUGCCCGGCCGCCCCGGCAGGUGAGUGCUCCGCAGGGCCUGUCCAUGGAUGCCAGCAAGAAGGUGGAUCUGAAGAUCAUCAUCAUCGGAGCUCUGGGCGUGGGCAAGACCUCUCUGCUGCACCAGUACGUGCACAAGACGUUUUACGAGGAUUACCGCACCACGCUGGGUGCCAGCAUCCUCACCAAGGUCCUCGCGGUGGACAACAGCCCCCUGAAGCUGCAGAUCUGGGACACGGGGGGACAGGAGCGAUUCCGCUCCAUGGUGUCGACCUUCUACAAAGGCUCAGACGGCUGCGUGCUGGCCUUCGACGUGACAGACAGGGAGUCCUUUGAGGCCCUGGACAACUGGAGAGAUGACUUCCUGGAGAAGGUCAUUUCUAGAGAACAGGAUUUCCCCAUGGUGGUGCUGGGGAACAAGAUAGACCUCUGUGACCGGCAGGUACCCGAGGAAACGGCCUCAGCCUGGUGCAAGGAGAAGGACAUCCCGUAUUUCGAAGUCAGUGCCAAGAACAACAUCAACGUGGCCGAGGCUUUUGAGACCCUCGCGAAGCAGGCACUGAGCAGGUACAAAGGGAUUUUUGAGAGUUAUUUAACCGACUCCAUCAAGCUCACUCCCAACGACAAACCCAAGAAGAGCUGCUGCUGACCCUGGGGCCGCUGGACCCCACGAUGCCCACAGCCCGGGGGUCUGUGCCCGCUGCCCACUCCAGCCUGGCCACAGGACUGCUGGCCAUGCCACCGCUGGACGCACCAGGGCCGGCUGCCUGCACAUCCCGGGAUUUGCUGCUUCCCGCGGCUCUGGAGCUGCUCUCCCAAUCACCUCAGUGCCACGGUGGCCCUGUCCCCCCUCGAUCUGCUGCCGUCUGGCACCCGAGCGGGCGAUGUCCCUGCGGUGACGGUGCCAGGGACACGGGCAGUGCUCCCGAUGCCUCUCCAGAGACCACGGCCUUGGCACCACGGGUGACCCUUCCCUGGUGUCCCCACGGCUCUCAGGGUGGGUAUGGGCUGGCCUGGGGGGGGACAAGUGGGGCUGGUGGCCUCGGCACAGGGCCCUCCUGGGACUAGCCACUGUGGAGGCAACAAUUCUGUGCCUCAGUUUCCCCUGCUCUCGCACAUAUCCCCCAUCAAACACCUUCCACCUCCCACCUCGCUGGGGAGGAUUCUCAAAAAAGCACUUUGUCAGGGGUACUUCUUUUUUUUUUUUCUGUUUUAAAGGAAAUUAAAUAUUUCAUUUUUAUUUAUA